AUGGAUGCGAAUACAGCUGUCCUUCUUCAUGAAAAAGCAAAGACGGCGCAAAACAACCGGCAAGUGAAGAUAAUAUCCUCCUUGUCAGCAAGAAUCGCGGCAAAGAUCCGCAAAAAUGAUCCACCGGAGGAGAAAGUUUCUAGUGCCGGACCAACCUCUCCCGCACCAACGAAUCAAGAUGAGAUCAAAUUUGUCCGGCAACAUAUCCGGAAGACCUGUAAGUGA